AUGGAGCAGCCUGGAAAAUCAGAUGAAAAGGAUUUUUUGAGUGGAGUUGUUAAGAAAAUUGGAACCUGUCUUGGAACAAAUACUGAAGCUAUAGAAGUAGAUUACAAUGAUAAUUUAGAUUAUUAUAACUUUAAUCAUACGAAGCGUGGUAUAGCUGUAGUGGUUGUGAAUGAGAAAUUUGAGGGACACAGUAAAAGAGCUGGAGCUGAACUAGAUAGAGAACUUCUAUCUUAUUGUUUUAGAUCCUUAGGAUUUGAUGUCAGAGUUUUUACCGAUCUGAAUGGUUUUCAAUUAGUAACAGAAAUGGAAAAGAUUGCUUUAGAGAUGACAAGGGAUCCUGAUUUUGAUUGUUUUGUGUUUGCUAUGAGUUCUCAUGGUGAUAAGAUUCAGAGUCACAUUGAUCACAAUACAAUAGUAGAAGAAGAUGUAAUAUAUGCUACUGAUGGCUAUAUUCCAACAGAGAGAAUAUUAAAGUUGUUCUCAGAUGAAAUCUGUAUUGGUUUAAUUGGAAAACCAAGAUUAUUCUUCCUACAGGCUUGUCGUGGUAAUUUGUUUGAUAUUGGUACUACUGUUAUAGAUGAAGUAGAUUCAGCAAGUGAUAAAAUGGUGAUAACAAGAAUACCAUGUUUUAAAGAUUAUUUAGUAAUGUAUGCUACACCUCCUGGUUAG